UUGAACAUUAAAAUUGUUGUGCGUCAGAGGUUCGAAAUUCUGUGUGUGUUUCUAGGUACCUAUAUUGUUUAUGUUUUGAAUAAAAGUUUUUUACUCAUAAUUUAGACUUCGCAGCCGGCUGUUAGAGUACAGGACAAUCAAGGGGCUAGCGCAACGAUCCCACUCACUUUAUCUUGCAGCACCACCCAGCAUAGAUUCGAACAUACAACAACUGGCUUGUUAGACCAGAAUUGUACCGCAAAGCUAACUGACUGGCUCACAGGAAGGUAAAGCUGAUACAAUCGGCUAGUUUUUACCGUUCUUCGCUUAAUAUCGUCAUCUAACGAGUUUCGCUGAAAAUUACAAAAAAGAAACAAGUAAUAUGAUCGAGAACGGUGAUUAUGCCGUGCAAUACGGUGGUGAAGACGCUUAUAUGGAGCAAGAAGAGGAAUGGGAACGCGAAGGACUGCUUGAUCCUGCAUGGGAAAAACAGCAGAAAAAGACUUUCACUGCGUGGUGCAAUAGCCAUUUGCGAAAAGCUGGAACAUCUAUCGAAAAUAUUGAAGAUGACUUUCGCAAUGGACUCAAACUCAUGCUGCUACUGGAAGUUAUCUCGGGUGAAACACUACCCAAACCAGAUCGCGGCAAAAUGCGGUUUCACAAGAUUGCUAACGUUAACAAAGCGUUAGAUUUUAUUGCGUCCAAAGGAGUUAAAUUGGUAUCUAUAGGAGCAGAAGAAAUCGUAGACGGCAAUUUAAAAAUGACUUUGGGUAUGAUCUGGACUAUAAUUCUACGAUUUGCAAUUCAGGAUAUCUCCGUCGAAGAAAUGACCGCCAAGGAAGGUUUGCUUCUAUGGUGUCAACGUAAAACAGCUCCCUAUAAGAAUGUUAACGUACAGAACUUCCACCUUAGUUUCAAGGAUGGUUUGGCAUUUUGUGCUUUAAUUCAUCGUCACAGACCUGAUUUAAUAGAUUAUUCCAAACUCUCCAAAGACAAUCCUCUAGAGAAUCUUAAUACCGCUUUCGAUGUGGCUGAGAAAUACUUGGAUAUUCCAAGGAUGCUGGAUCCAGACGAUCUGCAGAAUACCGCAAUGCCGGAUGAACGGGCUGUCAUGACCUACGUGUCGUCGUAUUACCAUUGCUUCAGUGGCGCACAAAAGGCGGAGACAGCUGCCAAUCGUAUCUGUAAAGUGUUGAAAGUCAACCAGGAAAAUGAAAGGCUUAUGGAGGAAUAUGAAAGGUUGGCGAGUGAUCUAUUGGAGUGGAUUCGUCGCACUAUGCCUUGGUUGAACUCCAGACAGUCGGAUAGUACACUGGCCGGCGUACAAAAAAAACUGGAAGAAUAUAGAACAUACCGGCGCAAGCAUAAACCACCACGUGUUGAACAGAAAGCAAAACUGGAGACCAACUUCAACACAUUGCAAACAAAAUUGCGCCUUUCGAACCGACCAGCCUAUAUGCCGACUGAAGGUAAAAUGGUAUCUGAUAUUACAAAUGCCUGGAAAGGUUUAGAGCACGCCGAGAAAGCUUUUGAGGAAUGGCUUUUGGCAGAAACCAUGCGUUUGGAGCGGUUGGAACAUUUAGCUCAAAAGUUUAAACACAAGGCUGAUACACAUGAAGAAUGGACAAAAGGAAAAGAAGAAAUGCUUCAAUCUCAAGAUUAUCGUAAUUGCAAGCUUAAUGAACUUAAAGCACUCAAAAAGAAACAUGAAGCUUUUGAAUCUGAUUUGGCAGCUCACCAAGAUCGUGUUGAACAAAUCGCAGCUAUUGCGCAGGAAUUAAACUCAUUGGAGUAUUACGAUUGCGUUUCUGUUAACGCGCGUUGUCAACGCAUUUGUGAUCAAUGGGACCGUUUAGGGGCUCUUACACAACAUCGUCGUCAAGGUCUUGAUGAAGCGGAACGUAUUCUGGAAAAGAUUGAUUUACUGCACUUGGAAUUUGCCAAACGCGCCGCUCCCUUCAACAACUGGUUAGAUGGAGCACGUGAGGAUCUUGUCGACAUGUUUAUUGUUCACACAAUGGAGGAGAUUCAAGGGCUUAUUCAAGCGCAUGAUCAAUUCAAGGCCACUCUUGGAGAGGCAGAUAAAGAAUUCAAUGUUAUAGUAGGAUUAGUGCGUGAUGCUGAGGCUAUUGUUAAGCAAGAACAAGUGCCUGGAGGGUUGGUCAAUCCAUAUACAACCCUGACAGCUGAUGCUGUUAGCAGAAAGUGGUCGGAAGUAAGAGCAUUGGUUCCACAAAGAGAUCAAACACUGGCGAAUGAAUUACGCAAACAACAAAAUAAUGAGAUGUUGCGUAGACAAUUUGCCGAAAAGGCUAAUAGCGUUGGUCCAUGGAUCGAACGCCAAAUGGAUGCAGUUACAGCUAUUGGAAUGGGUAUUUCAGGAUCAUUAGAAGAGCAGUUGCAUAGACUGAAAGAAUACGAACAAGCAGUUUACGCGUAUAAACCAAGCAUUGAAGAGUUGGAGAAAAUACACCAAGCUGUUCAAGAAUCGAUGAUUUUUGAAAAUCGUUACACACAUUAUACGAUGGAAACUUUGCGUGUUGGUUGGGAACAAUUAUUAACGUCCAUAAAUAGAAAUAUCAACGAGGUUGAAAAUCAAAUACUUACCCGCGAUUCAAAGGGUAUCACACAGGAACAGCUUACUGAAUUCCGCUCGAGCUUCAAUCAUUUCGAUAAAAAUCGCACCGGUCGUUUGGCACCAGAGGAAUUCAAAUCAUGUCUAGUAUCUUUAGGAUAUUCAAUUGGCAAGGAUAAACAAGGCGAAAUGGACUUCCAGCGCAUUCUUGCUGUAGUCGAUCCGAACAACUCUGGUUAUGUGCAAUUUGAUGCGUUCUUAGACUUUAUGACAAGAGAGAGUACCGACACAGACACUGCCGAACAAGUUAUCGAUUCCUUUAGAAUUUUGGCUUCCGACAAGCCAUACAUUUUGCCAGACGAACUACGUCGCGAAUUGCCACCAGAUCAAGCAGAGUAUUGUAUCCAAAGGAUGCCACCUUACAAGGGCCCAAAUGCUAUUCCUGGAGCACUUGAUUAUAUGUCAUUCAGUACUGCUUUGUACGGCGAGAGUGACUUGUAGAUAAGUUACAUUAAAAGUCAUUCACGUAUUACUUUUUUACGCGCAAAUUAAGCUCUGCUAAGUGUUACAUGCCAUAUAUUGUGUUUUCAUAAAAUGCUAAGAUAAACUAGGAAACACCACUCUUACAACCACACAUGCGAAAUAGUCCCCACCAAAGAUUUGUAUAUGCUUUGGUAAAGCGAUUUUUCGAAUUAAGAAUUCUUCGAAUCCAUCCAUUAUCGCGACAAGCAAUUUUUAUAUUAAAUGCCAUAAAAACACGAAACAACUCGAGAGGGAGGAAGAGAUGAUAACGCUACGAUACAUGUGAAUCUAA